AUGAGUCAUAUUGAUACAAAUUCCACAUUGUUCGAAACAGCCGUAGCUGAAUAUGGUCGAAUAUUACAUCCUCCAUUGGUAUUGGUUUUAUGUAUUUCCGGUGCACUCGGACAUAUGUUAACUAUAACAACAUUAUCGUCAAUGUUAAAUCCAACAAAUAUGUUUUUGAUAUCAAUGUCAUGGUAAGUACCAAUUAUAGUUGUUUUUCUGUCUCCCGAAAAAUUCACGAUUUAUAUUUAUUCGCACGCGUUGAGUCAUAAAUUUCCAACUCGUGACAAAUUGCUCAAAUUGAUCUAUCGAGACAAAUAAAUCUCCCACGAAGUCGAAAGAAUCCUCCAUUAUCUAAAAUAUCCAUAAAUUUUGUUCUCGAGACACACUCUUUACUCUAAAAGAGACGGAAGUUGUUGAAUAUCCAUUGGCCCGUAAAAGACUAGAAAAAACGUAGGGGGGAAAAAUUGGAAGAAAAAAAAAGUUGCAGAAAAGGGCUUGUUUUUGUUUCGUGCUUUUUGGUGAACAAUAAGAAAAGAAAAGAAAAAACAAAAAGGAAAAACAAAACAAAAAUAGCAAAAAUUCAAUAAUCUCAUAAAGAUGUGUCAAACGAUAGCAGUUCGAUGCUCGCUUAUCAAAUUGUUUCAAUCUUUUGUUUUUUUCAAAUAUUUUUUUUGGAAAAAAAUGAAAAUAUCUAGGGACUACAGUAAUCUCAUAAAAUUUUUCAAGAAAGUAUCGGUCCCGAUUCAGAACCUCCCCAAAAAAUUAUUUUGCAGCUCUCAGCUAGCACUGUGUGUCAAUUUUCUCUAUUCAACAUUUUUCAAAUUCAUGUCUGAUCAACUGUGCCAACCAUUCUUUUUUUCUUGGUUUCUAGCAAGUACAAUGCAUUUCUCAGUGACUAUUUCAGUUUUGGUUCAUAUGUCGGCGGUUAGUUCAAACUAUUCUUCAAAAAUAUAAAUUCAAGUUUUACAGGUUUUUCAUGUUGUUGCUCUUUCUCUAAUUCGUUAUUUUUCGCUUGCUCAAUUAUCAAGUGCAAAUUCAAAUGUUGCUUGGUUUACUUGGCAAAAAUCAAGAUUUGCAAUCAUUUUGAUCUAUGUUACAGUAGUUGUUCUCUGCAUUCCACUACAUUUUACAUCAAAAGUUGCCGAGGUACAGUAAUCCUUUUCUGUUUUUUUUUUGAGUGCAAGUGUCCAAUUUGUUUUUGCUGCAUCUUGAUUGAACCUAAUUAAACUUCAUCCGCAUUUUCCAAACAAAAUUCUUGAAAAAAGAAGAGAAGUUUUAAUUACGCAUGUGACAUGACAUCUUGUUGUCAAUGUUUCAGACGGGUAUUAGGGAGGAUUUUCGUGAACCCUUUUCCAAGAAGAAGGACAUCAAAGUUCAAUUAUUUUAUUUAGGUGCCAGAAAACGAGGGAUGUGCCGAGAGGUUUCCACAUUUGAAACAAAAACCAGCUUGGCAAUUAUCGUAUACAUCAAAUGUUUCAUUGAAAGACUUCAACUUCUGGCUUUUCUAUUUAUCGUCAAAAGUUAUUCCUUCGGUAAAUAUCAAAAUUUUUUUUUUAAUUUUCACAAUUUUGAAAAUUGUUCAGAUAAUUCUUUGUUUGAUGACAUGUUUGAUUUUGGAUCAACUCAAAAAAAUCCAAGUUUUGAGUUCGAGAUUUGCAUCAGUUGAAAGAGAUAAACAACAUCAAAGAACUACAAAUAUGAUUUUGGCAAUAAUGGUUCUUUUUAUUUUUGUUGAAUUACCUCAAGGAGUUUUGGCUGUUCUAUCAACUUUUACUGAUAUUCAACUAAUCUUUGAACUUGGUAAGUUUUCGAAUAAAAAUAUUCAAAUUAUAAAAUUAAUUAUAAUUUUCAGGUGAUUUGACAGAACUUUUAACUCUUCUCACUUCAAUUAUAAUUUUUUCAUUGUUAUGUUCAAUGAAUGGAAGAAUCAGAAGUGCAUUCAAAGAUGUUGCAUGUGUCAAAAAGGCUUCAUCAUUUAUUGCCAGAUUAUGUCCUCCUUCAAGGUAAGACUUAUUUUUUAUUCUAUGUUUGCAACAAAUCAUUGAUUUCAGCCCGGUUCGAGCUUCUUCUGGACAUGAUCCACUUUUGGAACAUAAUACUGUUAUUAUCACAAAUUGUCAUAUCGACAAGACUGAAAAUUAUGCGAUACUUUAA